CGGCGCUUGAGAUCCUGUAGCUGGACGGCCAUGUCUCUAUGUCCAUUUCUUUAUCUCCACAAGUAUGGAGCAGCUGAUCCGAGAACUCAAUGACCCUGGCAAUCAGGCUGCUCCUGAGCGCAUUAAUGAGAUCCAGAGGCAGAUUCAACGACUACAACGAGACAAGUCUGCAUGGCAGGGCGGUCUCGACCUCUUACAACAUGACGAAGCCAUUAUUCGAUUCUAUGGUGCCUUGACCUUGACCAUCAAAAUAAACGCCGACUGGGACAAUGAUGGGAUAGGCAAGGACGAGCAGAUGAAACAGUAUCUACUCGGAAAGCUAAUGAGUCACUACGUACGACUCAUAACCCUACCAGACUCGAAUUUUGUCCUUCAGAAGUUCUGCUCUACGCUGGUGACCUUCUUCGCCAAGCCAGAUUCAGAAUGGCAAUAUCCAAUACGACAUCUUUUCGCAUGUCUUCUUGGUGGGCAACAUAUGUCUGAGGCUGCUCUGCCGACCAUGCAGCAACUAUGUGAAGCUGCAACGAACUGCUCAGACUACCAGCUGAAAGGUGUGCUAAUGCUCGUUCGGAUCAUGGCUGAGGACCUCGUUGGUCACACUUCCAGUGCUGUUACGGAGAAUAGAAUAGCCAGACGAUUGGCAGCCAAUUGCCUGGACGCAUGGCAACUAUUCGACUUUUCCCUACACCGAGUGAUUGAACGCGAAGAUAGGCAAGCAGCAACCUCGCAAAUAGCUCCAGACUCUACAGAAUUACUUCAAAUGGUCCUUCAAGCCAUGCCUUUCUGGACAAGCACGAUAAAACACGAGUGCCUCCAGUUGGACAGCGAUAUUAUUCGGAGAAUUGAAGGGAUUGCCAAAGAAUGUAUCAGAUUCGCGGUCGGACUCCUGGACAGCGACUCUUUCCUCGGCCAUGUUUUACAGCUGCUCAUUCAUUUGCAGCAGUCUUCUGCAAAAAUCCUCCAAGAUGCAGUCCCAAACUUUCCUGCAACUGUUGCGGAAUCCAAAAGAGCAAAAGAGAUCGUGUACUUACUCGGUCAAGGCGACUUCAGUGCGGAAGGAAUCCUGUAUGUUGAUCUUCUGGAGUCGAUCAUGAGCCGGGUGGAUACUACCACAUCAGAAUACUUGCGUUCUGGUCGCUACAAUGAAGUCGUCCAAACUCUGAGGCGACUGCUCCGAUGUGAGGGUGUUGCGGUAAUUGAGGAUCCCGUUUGCCAGAUUGCACUCGAGAAAAUCAGCGAGAUUGUGGAGGGUUUCGCUGAUUGGGAGGAAGGCGACCUCACUGCAACAUUCAUCCGCGAUCUGGCUGCGGAGGCGUGCGAUGCAUGUCUCUCCAAAAUCCAAAUUCCGCAAGAGCAAAUGUCCAUUGCCACUCAAGACUGGGAUGCGGAUGAGCGAGCCAAGUUCCAAGACUUUCGCUACGACGUCCAUGACUUCUUCCAGUCGGCAUUCGGGGUACUUGGUAAUGCGCUGAUCGAAGGUAUAGUGAAGACCAUCCUUUCCCAAGUUGACAACCCCGACUGGAGCGCUUUUGAGGCGGCCACAUUCAGUCUCACGGCUUUUUCUGACACCAUGUCUUUCGACCCCGACACCUACGACAGCCUCAUUACAACAGUGUUGAGCAGCGCACCGUGGCACUACGUCUUGCAAUCUGGAACCGCUGUGCCGGACAAAGCACGCCAGACCGGCAUCCGAUUCAUUGCAGACAACGUCGUAUACUUACGACGACAUCCCGAUAGCAUGGUGUUGGUUUUAAAUUUCCUCUUUUCUUCGCUUCACUUACAGGCCUCGGCGUCUGCUGCUUCAAAAGCCAUUUACAGCCUCUGCGAAUCCCAUCGGAACACGUUGACAGAAGGACUCCCACAGUUCAUGGCCUCUUUGACGACUGUUGGCGAUCUUGCCGAGGCUGAAAGUCACCGGCUAUAUGCUGCAGUUGCCGCUAUAAUUCAAGCUCUUCCUACCGAAGAAGCCAAGAUUCAACCACUCACAGAGCUUCUGGCAUCUAUACGCAGUGUGUCCGCGGUUCUGAAUGAAGAAGUCCAAGACCAAGGCGAGCGUCAAAGACUCUGCAUCGACGCUAUGCAGACUCUUGCUUCGAUAGGGAAAGGUCUUCGCUCACCGCAUGACGUGCCCAUCGAUCUUGAAUCUUCAGGCACCCAGCAAUCGAUAUUUUGGCAUAACGGUCCUGGAGCUUCUGUGCAGCGUGAUGUGCUCAACCUGUACCAUGCCAUUCUACUAAAAAUGCAACCUCAAGCUGACACCACUUUUAUUGAAGCAUGCUGUGACUUUAUCAAGUCUGGAUUCACCGAACAGCAUCCAUCACCAUUCAAAUUUCCGGAUUCAGUGGGACUCGAUCUUGUCACCCAUUGGCUCACCCUCGAGAACCCAACCAUUGACACGACGAUGACAUGUGCAUCGAGCUUCCUGGCUGCCGUCGAAUCUAACAACAUAGAGAGCUGCCUCAGGGGGAUCCUUUAUCCGGUGAUAACGAAUCAGCAGACUACGCUUUCGUCUUACCAUCAGGCGCAGCAACGACCGAGCAGCAACUUCGCAUCGGCAUCCCUCGACUUUCUGGGUCGCUUGAUGAUGAAAUGGGGUACUGCGUGGUUCUUCAUGCCAGACGCAGACGAAAUGUUACGAGUGGCCUUUGAGCUGUCUUUAGUCCUUAUGGCAGAGCCAGAUACUCUUCCACGUCGAUCUGCAGCUUCCUUCUUCGCCACUGUUGUUGAUUGCUCAGCUCCAGGAGGACCUCUUGUCAUGGAAACGAGCCAGCGUAUCAGCGUCAUCUUCCAUGCUUUUGGACCCCGAAUGCUGUCACUCCUGGUCCGUCUGCUUGGUGGCGACUGCGCCCGCUCAGAAAUUGAAAGCCUGUCGGAGACGCUGAAGAAAUCCGUUCAGAGGCAACCUAUGCUCACCAAAACAGUGUUACGAGAAGCAGUCAAGGAGGAAGCAGGUGUUAUGACCGAGAAAUCUCUGAAGGCGACAUCGGUGGAGCAAAGGAACAGAUUCGUUGCUCAAGUGGAAGCCUUGCGAGGGGGUAGAAAGACGAAUGACAUCGUGAAAGAAUUUUGGCUCGCGUGCAGAGGGAGUGGUUUUGGAUACAUCACCUAAUGAGCCAGAGCCCAGGGACUAUCCAUCUCCUAACAACGACAGCUGCAGCCCUUGCGGAGACCUUUUCGGCCAUUGCAAUGAGCUCCGAGAGUCGACGUUGAUUAAAGCCUUGCCAUGCCGCGUUUCUAACCUGGGAAGACGCGGGCUUCGAGCGAAUGGUUGCUCAAGAUUACCAUCCGAGAUCCCGCAGUCUGCCCUAUGGGGGCAUCAUCGGGCAAGGAUAGGCGCCAAAAACUUGGGGUCACCAGGGCUGAUUAACUUACAGUGGUUGGGUGGUAGCGUGGCUGAGAGUGGCCGGUCCAACAGCCGUUUGAUGCCGCGAGGCUGUGCUUACCGUCGAGGCGUACAAAAGAGCCAUCCUCUAAUACAAAGGUCAUGUCAGUUAAAGUCGUAUUUCCCAUCUGUCAGAUUCACCCGGUAGACCUUCGAGUCUGAAUCCACUUGCAGGGACUUUAGCCUCAUUUUCGAUCCUUUUAAUCCUUUUAACAGUGUCGGAAACUCCUGGAUGAGCCAAUCUGUCUACCAAAACAUUACUUUCAAAUGCCUCUUGCUGUUACAGUCAACGACGGCGUCGUCACGAAAGACCGCCUGGCUGAAGGCGAAGCUGCUCAGUACGAAGCUCUCAGACGCAGUGUUCUAGCCAGCGAGGAGAACAAAAAGCGAGAAGAACGAGAGAGGCGAGUCUCGCUAGGUCUUGCACCGGUGGAUGACGCAAAUCCAAAGAAGCACAACUUGGGCAAGCGGAUUCUUGCGUACAUGUGCCUUGGAGUAACAAACAACCGAUGACUGGGGAACAAACGGCAAUGGCAUAGUGCAAUGUCUUAUGAAGCUGUUGCUCUCCUGUUAGCAGUAGAGCGAUAGGCGUCGUACUCGGGUUCGUGGCGACGCGACCGUCAACCCGCUGCUGAGGUGGACAAUCCGACUGAAGCUGGGGAGGCAGGCAAUGAUGUCUGUUGAAAUCACAACUGCCACCGAGAAAGAGGCUCGUAGAUAUGGAGUACUAUGCCGGACUUUUCAGGGUUGUUCUGGCUCCCAAAAGAAGCCAGAUGGAUAGCGUUCACUGUUGGAAUAGAUACUCCGUUACUGGCAACGUGAAUGAGAUAC